AUGUUCCUCGUGGGACUUACUGGAGGCAUUGCCUCCGGUAAAUCAACGGUUGCAGACAUGUUUCGAAAUCGUGGCGUCAUCGUUAUAGAUGCCGACUUGGUUGCACGCAAAGUUGUCAGGAAAGGAACAGAUGUUCACGCUGCAAUAACGGAAGUGUUUGGACCUGACGUUUUGUCUCCCGACGGUGAGAUCGAUCGUCGAAAGCUUGCGGACAUGAUUUUUCCGAAUAAACGCCUUCGUCAAACUUUGAACAAGCUUACGCAUCCGGCCAUCUACAGGGAAAUGGCAUGGGAAGCAUUCAGGCAUUUCCUGCGUGGCACCCAAUUCAUUAUUCUCGAAUUACCAUUGUUGUACGAGAGUGGUGCAAGUUUACCAUUUCUUCACAAGGUUAUUGUCGUCACCUGCUCUGAGACUGAACAAUUGGAGCGUUUGAUGCGUCGCAAUGAUUUGGACGAGGAAGCGGCUGCAAUGAGGAUUGCAGCGCAGAUCCCACUUAAUGCGAAGGCGGAGUUGGCUGAUUACAUAAUCGAUAACGAUUCGUACAGUAUCGCGCGCACUGAGCAUCAAGUGGAGGAAAUUCUUGUUCACCUGAAAUCUUCAAAGGCGCAUUGGUUAGCGAGGAUCGCUGCUGGUGCCAUUGUGGUUGCUACAACUGUUGGUGCUGUGAAACUUGCAUGUCGAGUAUUCAAAGUUGUUGAAGUCAAAAAUCUGUUUAUUUGAGCAGUAGAUCGCGUGCUUAUUACUGUAUUUACGCGAUUAUGUUUCGCUCAAGACUCCGUACCGCAGCCGAUUUGAAAAAGAAUUUUUUAACAGACAAAUUCUACUUACGGAUGUACAAAACCUGACGAUUUUCCUGGAACCGUGUGCCAACUCUGGAGAUACACUGCAAUCUUCACUACCUCACUCUCAGCCUAUCCACUGUAUUUUGAAUGGUUGUGACAGAACCUACUUCAGACCAUUUCCUUGGUCGACAUUAUUGUCGCUCAGUGCAUCUCGAACAUCGGUUGCACCCGAAUUUCGAAGGGAAUUUUUUUUUACGGAAAGAAGAGGGGUAUAGAAUCGCGUAAAUACUGUAUUUAAAAUUAAGUUCGAAGAUUUACUGUAUUCACUUGUUACAGCUUUAGCUACCUCUUUUGUGGCGACUUGGUCAUUGCGGAAAUUCGCACUCAAAUUAGCAUUCUUUUGAAAGAAUUUUGUCAUCCCUUCUCCUUUUGAAUUUUAUCUUGUGGGCUUUGUUGAACAGCGAACAAUGAGAUGGCUGUGGGAUAUCAAAUUGGUUUCUGGUGAUUUUUUUUAAUAUGAAAGAUGAUCAUUCGUUGAAA